AAUUGUUGUUAAGAUUAGUCGAUUUUAUUAUUCAACCGAUCUCUGAGCAGAUAAAAGUACCUAAUCGUAAUUAAUAAAGUGGAGUUUUAUUUGUGCAAAUUUUUUGAAAAAAAAAAAAAUGUUUAGUUGCAAAAAUAUCACUUUUAGAAGGUUUUUAUUGCAAUUCAUCUUAGUAAUUUAUUUUUUAAGAUUCUCAAAUACAUAUUUAACAGAGCUUACUCAAGUUCAUGCAACAGAAUUCAGUAAGGACUGGAACACAACCUAUAAUAAACAAAACACACAACAAAACUGCGUUGUAAAUGGUGGUGUAGAUCUUAAAUGUACCGGCAUUGGAAAUACUUCUUACCUGGCAAUCAUCAAUACCAGAAGUCCUAUAAGGAAUCUUUACUUCUGUGGAUGGCAGACUGCAACAUUUGAUCCAAUUGCUAUAAUGAAAUAUUUUCCCGAAGCAAGGCAUCUAGAUAUAUCAUACAGCAACCUUACAAACAUCAUAAAUAAUUUUCCAAGUUCUUCUUUUCUGCAGGUAUCCAAGAUGGAGUGUAACUCGCAUAGAGAAUUGAGAAAUUGUAGCUGUUCGGUACAUUAUGUAAUGAAAAGUGAUGACGGAAAAUCGUUAACUCCACUCUAUGCAAUAAACUGUUCAGGUUUGAACUUUUAUAACCUUCCGUCAUAUUUACCGCCAAAUACAACAAUUUUGUAUGCAACCAAUAACAAGAUUUCAGAUAUAAGUCCCUUACGAGAUAACGAGCGUUACAGAGACGUGAUCGAUGUUUAUCUCGAUAACAACAACAUUCGCACUAUUGAUGUAUUAGAAGCUGGGUAUUGGCUUCGAAAUUUUCGUGUUCUGAGCUUAAAACGAAAUCUUCUACAAAAAUUGCCAGUGUAUGCAAUAGAUAACGCCUUGGAAAAUAAUCUUAACGCGGUUAAGCUGCAGCUCAGUCAGAAUCCAUGGUUUUGCGAUUGCAAUUUUGGCAUGCGUUUUCGAGAGAUUCUUAUGAAGUACCAUACCAUAAUACGAGACUCCUGGAAUGUGACUUGUUAUUUAACUAAUGAUGAUGAUCAAGUUACUGAAACUACAAUUCUUUCUAUACAACGUUCAGAAGUUUGCAAACUUCCUUCUAACAAUAGCAUUUUUGUUUUGGAUCUUUUAAAUUGUAUUUUAGCCAGUAUAAUUUUAUUUUUAUUACUGAAACUCGGAUAUGAUUAUUAUCAAUAUAAGAAAUAUGGUAAUUUGCCAUGGUUGGUAACGAAAAUGCCAUUGUAAAUUGUAAUCUAUUUA